AUGAGUGGAAGCAUGUAUGAUUUAUCAGUAGCCACAUAUUCCCAAGAGGGACGUAUCUAUUAGGUGGAAUAUGCAACAAAAGCAGUUGAAAAUUCAGAGACUGUGAUCGGAGUCAAGUGUAAAGAUGGAGUCAUUUUGGCAGGAGAGAAGUAAAAGUUUUCCAGAUUGUUGGAAGACAACACAAACAAGAGAAUCUAUAAUAUCGACACUUAAACUGGAAUGGCUAUAUGUGGUAAAUUGCCAGAUGGAAGAAACAUCUUAUAAAGAGCAAAAGCAGAGUCAUCUCAAUAUUAAGACAUGUAUGCAAUUCCAGCAUCUGCCAAUGUGUUGUCAGAUAGAGUGGCACAAUAUGUCCAUGCCUACACAAUGUAUUCUGGAGCGAGACCCUUCGGAUCUGCAACAUUCAUUGCCAGUUACAACACUUUCGAUGGUUAUGAGUUAUUCAUGAUUGAACCCUCAGGAAACAAAUAUGCCUAUCAUGCCUGCACUCAUGGAAAAGGUAGAGCCGUUUGCAAGUCUGAGUUUGAAAGAAGAAGUUUCAAAGACCUUACUUGCUAAGAAGCCUUGGUCUACAUUGCUAAGAUGUUGAUACUAGCACAUGAAGAAUUCAAAGAGAAGAAAUACGAAUACGAAAUGACUUGGAUCACUGAUAACAAUGGACGUAAACAUCAAAGUGUCCCUCAAGAUUUGAUUAAUAACGCUGUAUAAUAAGCUGAAUAAUUAAUUGAACAAGAUUAAAUGGGAGAAUGAUCAUAUAUCUACAUAAAGACAACCAUAAAUUAGUAUUCACAGUUUA